AUGCCCGAAGGUCGCCAAUCCCCCUCGCCUGAACGCCAAACCGGCGCUCAGCUUCAAGACCCCCCCGCCUCCGGCAAGGGAACCGACAACGCUUCCAACAAGGAACAGACCAACAAGGAGUCUCUCGAUAAGCUAGAGUCGAACCCCAAGGGACCCCUCGACGACGCCCUCAAGGAGAAGUUCUCCAAGACGCAGUAA